AUGGCUAGAGAUAGAAGUGCUCCUUCCACACAUGUGGGCAUGGCUAGAGAUAGAAGUGCUCCUUCCACACAUGAACUCUACGCCCCUGCUCCGGAGGAGAGGCUAGCAUCCUUUAUACGCUUCGCAUUCUUAGUAUAUAGGGAAAUUGAAGAAAAUGAGAAGAUGCUUCAUCAAGGAAGUGGAAGUGCUCCUCCCACACAAGGAGUCGUCGCUCCCGCCGAUGAAGAUGAAGAUGUGGAGCAGGAUAGAUUAAUGGACAGCCGCACGUACAUGCAGGCGACCCGAGGACGUGUUGAUGAAUUUAUUCAAAUUUUAGAAUCGAUAUCCUCUGAACAGGACCUUCAACACUCAGAAAUUCUCUGCCAAGUUAGGCCCCGGAAAAACACAUGCCUCCACAUAGCAGCAAGCUUUGGACACCAUGAUCUUGCCAAGUACAUCGUGAGAGAGUGUCCAGAUCUUAUCAAAAAUAAAAACUCCAAAGGCGACACGGCACUUCAUAUUGCUGCUAGAAAAAGGAAUUUAUCUUUCGUUAAGAUUGUCAUGGAUUCAUGCCCUUCUGGAAGUGGCGCAUCCCAAGAUGUAGAGAAGGCUGAGCCUUUAUUGUUGGGAAUUGUUAACAAAGAAGGAAAUACAGUGUUGCAUGAGGCACUGAUAAACCGUUGCAAACAAGAAGAGGUGGUGGAGAUCCUUAUUAAGGCAGAUCCCCAAGUGGCUCAUUAUCCGAAUAAGGAGGGAAAGUCGCCAUUGUUUCUAGCUGCAGAAGCACACUACUUCCAUGUCGUCGAGGCUAUAGGAAAACCUAAAGUUGAGAAGCACAUGAGCAUUAACAGAGACCGCGAAGCCAAGUCGGCAGUCCAUGGUGCCAUUCUGGGAAAGAAUAAAGAGAUGUUGGAAAAAAUACUAGCCCUGAAGAUCGUCCACCAAAGAGAUGAACAUGGAAUGACUCCACUUCAUUAUGCGGCAUCGAUUGGAUAUCUUGAAGGAGUUCAAACGCUGUUAGCUAAAGACCAAUCUAACUUCGAUCGAUAUCAUAGGGACGACGAAGGCUUCUUACCCAUCCAUGUUGCAUCAAUGAGAGGCUAUGUAGACAUCGUCAAAGAGUUGCUCCAGGUCUCCUCUGACUCGAUAGAAUUGCUUAGCAAACACGGUGAGAACAUUCUUCAUGUGGCAGCCAAGUAUGGUAAAGAUAAUGUAGUCGAUUUUCUAAUGAAAAAAAAAGGGCUCGAGAACCUUAUAAAUGAGAAGGACAAAGAAGGAAACACGCCACUGCAUUUGGCUACCACGUAUGCACAUCCUAAGGUCGUAAACUAUUUAACAUGGGAUAAAAGAGUUGAUGUGAAUCUUGUGAAUAAUGAAGGCCAGACUGCUUUCGACAUUGCUGUAUCAGUGGAGCAUCCAACGUCAUUGCACCAGAGACUAAUUUGGACAGCACUCAAGUCUACUGGUACACGACCAGCCGGAAAUUCAAAGGUCCCACCAAAACUGCCUAAAUCACCUAAUACGGACCAGUACAAGGACAGAGAGGCUACAACAGCUCUAAUCCAAGUGCCGGCAUUGUAG